AUGGACGGCCAUCGAGGGGAAUCCCGUCGCGGGGACGAGCCUGGGAAGACGUGCGAGCCGGACGCCGGCGCGCUGGCCUCCGGCAACGGGUGCUUUGAGUGCAACAUAUGCCUCGAUGUCGCCGCGGAGCCGGUCGUCACGCUCUGCGGCCACCUCUACUGCUGGCCGUGCAUAUACAGGUGGCUGCAGCAGGCCGAGAGCGCCGCCCCCCAGCUGUGCCCCGUAUGCAAGGCCGCCCUCUCCCUGGACGCUCUGGUGCCGCUCUACGGCCGCGGCCACCGAGGCUGCGGGAGGAACUCCCACCCGGGCGUCGAGGUACCGCGUCGUCCGCGGCCGGCCCGCCGGGGCGCGAUCGGGCCGAACGAGGCGCGGUACCCGGAGAUUCGGCCUCACCGUUACCUGCAACCGAGCCACUCGAUGGCGGGCGGCGUGCUGGGGGGAUUGGCGGUGGCGGUGCUCUCGUGGAUGGUCCGGGAUCAGGAGUGGGCCAGCGUUGACUACUCGAAUCCUUACCACAUGGGUGGCAAUGAGGGCAGCCGCAGGCGAAGGAGGCGGGAGAUGGAGCUGGAGAGGUCACUCCAUCAGAUUUGGGCUUUUGCUUUACUACAGGAGUAGAAAUACCAAAUACCGAAGGAAGAAAGUGGAGAGAGUAGGCAGGCGAACCUCGAGGGCGUGAGCGUACCUGUGGCGGCCGCGCAUCUGCUUCACCAUCUCGUUCAGAUAAAUCUCGCGGACGGGAUUGCCUUCCACGGCUCGACGGUCGAGCAUGAGGAGCACGGAGCGUCUGAGUCCCCGACGGCGGCCACCAGGUUGAAAAGGUUGUCGGGCCACCCCCUCCGGCAGCGGCGGGAACUCCUCAGACGGUAAGGCGAGCUUCGACCACUGCAGGCCCCGCGGAAUAGCUGCAUCGUCGGCGGCUUGUGUCGACGGCGUCUCUCAGGGAUGAAGGGAACGGCUCAAUCCCUCCCUCGCUACCUCCUCGCUCGAGG